CUAAAAGAAGCGGAAUGCAGUGAGCUGGGGCCGGUUUCCCCGCCGGAUCGAAAGGCUGAGUGCACCGAGUGUCGCGGGAGCAGCGUUUCGGUGUCCCCUGCUCCCGCGACAUGGCCUUCAACUUUGGGGCUCCGUCGGGUACCUCGGGCACCGCUGCAGCCUCCGCGGCCCCCGCGGGAUUUGGUGGGCUUGAGACUGCCAACUCCACCGCCAGUGGGUUUAAUUUUGGGGGUUUCGGAUUAACUGCUAAUCCUGCAGUGAACUUUAAUAUUGGGAAUUUCGGUGUUUCUACUACCUCGGCGACUCCUUUCAAUUUUGGUAACAGUCUGGCAAGUGCAGGUGGAUUUGGAGGAUUCGGGACAACAUCUACCACAGCAGGUUCUGCAUUCAGCUUUUCUGCUCCAACCAACACAGGCACUACAGGACUCUUUGGUGGCACUCAGAACAAGGGUUUUGGAUUUGGUACUGGUUUUGGCACAACUGGAACUAGUACUGGUUUGGGUACUGGUUUGGGAACUGGACUGGGAUUUGGAGGAUUUAACACACAGCAGCAGCAAACUACAUUAGGUGGUCUCUUCAGUCAGCCUGCACAAGCUCCUACCCAGUCCAACCAACUGAUAAAUACUGCAAGUGCUCUUUCUGCUCCAACGUUAUUGGGAGAUGAGAGAGAUGCUAUUUUGGCAAAAUGGAAUCAGCUACAGGCCUUUUGGGGAACAGGAAAAGGAUACUUUAACAAUAACAUUCCACCAGUGGACUUCACACAAGAAAAUCCUUUUUGCCGAUUUAAGGCAGUAGGUUAUAGUUGUAUGCCCAAUAACAAAGAAGAAGAUGGGCUAGUGGUUUUAGUUUUCAACAAAAAAGAAACAGAUAUUCGAAGCCAGCAACAGCAGUUGGUAGAAUCAUUGCAUAAGGUUUUGGGAGGAAACCAGACCCUUACUGUAAAUGUAGAAGGUAUUAAAACAUUGCCAGAUGACCAGACGGAAGUGGUCAUUUAUGUUGUUGAGCGUUCUCCAAAUGGUACUUCAAGAAGAGUCCCAACUACAACAUUAUAUGCCCAUUUUGAACAAACCAAUAUAAAAACACAGUUGCAGCAACUUGGUGUAACCCUUUCUAUGACUAGAACAGAACUUUCUCCUGCACAGAUCAAACAGCUUUUACAGAAUCCUCCUGCUGGUGUUGAUCCUAUUAUCUGGGAACAAGCCAAGGUGGAUAACCCUGAUUCUGAAAAGUUAAUUCCUGUACCAAUGGUGGGUUUCAAAGAACUCCUUCGAAGACUGAAGGUUCAAGAUCAGAUGACUAAGCAGCAUCAAACCAGAUUAGAAAUCAUAUCUGAAGAUAUUAGUGAACUGCAGAAGAAUCAAACUACAACUAUGGCCAAAAUUGCACAAUACAAGAGGAAACUCAUGGACCUUUCCCACAGAACCUUACAGGUCCUAAUCAAACAGGAAAUUCAGAGGAAGAGUGGGUAUGCUAUCCAAGCUGAUGAAGAGCAGUUGCGAGUUCAACUAGAUACAAUUCAGUGUGAACUAAAUGCACCUACUCAGUUUAAGGGCCGACUAAAUGAACUGAUGUCUCAAAUCAGAAUGCAGAAUCAUUUUGGAGCAGUCAAAUCGGAAGAAAGAUACUACAUAGAUGCAGAUCUGUUACAAGAAAUCAAGCAGAUGUGAAAAGAGAGGUGCAGAAAAAUGAAGUAACUUGCACAAAAUUACCCAGAGAGAAAUGGCAGAGGAAAGACUCAAUGAAGCUGGGUCUGUGUGUCUACACAGCCCAUGUUCAUCCCACACCCAGCACAGUGGCUGCCUUUCAUGUAAGCAGUGUGCCUAGUAAGGCGCCAACAAGGGGACUGUGCAAACUCAGGUCCAGCAAGCUGAAGAGUUGAGGACACACAGGUGUGUCAUAGUGUCAUUAGAGGUUCAUUUCAAAGUUGUGGCCAAAUAAAUCCAACACCGAAAAUCUGGGUGAAUAUGAAAGUUGCUGGACCAUCUCUCCAGGCCUAUGUCUGUGCUUUCAGUGAUUAACUGUGAGCAUGCUGUUCCUGUACACAGCAUGCAGUUUCCAUAAACAGCAAUGUUAGGCAAAAGCUCAGUACUGUGUGGAUGGCUGUAAAGAGGCUAAAAAUCUAAUUUCUUUAACAAAUGAUCAUUCCAUAAUAACAAAACUGACCAAAAAUUGUUUCAAAACACUACAUGAGCUCAGAAGAAAGGAUUCAAGACAUGCACGCUGAGGUUUUGUGUUUUAUAGUCUUUACAGAUAUCUGCACAAGGUAAACAUGACAAGCAUUAGCCACAUUUGAAAUAUGGCAGUUUGGAGGCCUAGAGAAGUCUUAUUGUCCAUAGCUCUCUGGCAAAAUAUCAUGUCCACUUUUUGUUUUUUAAUUUAUUUUUCCUCCUUGUCUCUGGAAAAAAGUAUUUUAAAAUUAAGUUUCUAUUUUCUUCUUCUUCUGUAAGAAUAGGUUCCGAACCCUUUCUGAGGCACCUGACAGGAGCAGCACACUGUGAAGUUUCUCUGGUCUCAGAAACCCAUGGCCCCGCGAUGGCCUUGGCCUCAGAGCAAUAGCCUCACACUUUUUAAAUGUCCAUUUUCAUGGUCAUAUCUUAGAGGUAGGUUACAUCUGCCAAUGUAAAUAUACUGGAAAAACACUUGAGGAACCCCAAGUCUUAAGGAACAGGUACUUGAUCCUUAGUUAAAGACACCUGGUCCUUCACUAACUUAUGAGAUCUUGUGGUAAGUACAUAGGCUCCCCUGCAUGUCUAAUGGUGCCAAUUACAUCGAUAACCUCCAAAGUGGCAGCUUCCUCUCUGACAUGCCUACCAUU